UUCAGGUUUCAGACUUUUUGGACUCCCCAAAGAAGGAAAGAUUAGGGUUAGUGCCCCUCGCUUCAUGAAGUAUGAAGGUAGACACUGCUCUGGCUUUCUGCCUUCUGUGCUUCCACUUUGAAACCUUGCAUGGUGUUGAGAACUGUUCGUCACUUGAACCUUGUCCUAAAGGCCUCCUCUCCUAUUCUCAGAAAACUGAUGAAUUCCCAAAAGAAAACUUCACAUUUCAUUGCCCUUUGCCUAGUAAUGUGAAAGGAUUUGAUAUGAAACUGUUCAAGGGGCAGAGAGAAGUCUGUAGUCUCUAUAUAGACAAUGGUAAAAAAGAUGUCAAGAGUGAGAAGGACUUUUGUGAUGUUGUGCAUUCUGGUGAUAAAGUAUCAUUCAUACUGAAAAAUUUAAAAAGCAAGCACAGCGAUACUUAUACAUGCUGCCGAGACAUUCUUACUCCAGUUUUUUCUCGAUGUAAAGCAGGUGAAAAACAUCUAUACAUUGAAGAGUCCAACAAAUCCUGCUUAGCUUCGGAGGAACCCUGCUUGUUAUCAGAACCGACAUCGUGGAUACUCAUUGGACUCACUAUUUUUGCCCUUGUUAUCUGCAUCUUCUGUUUAAUAACUUAUAGCUUCAGAAAUGUGCUUUGUCAACAUGUCCACAGCUCUCAUGACUACAACAAUGAAUAUAUGUCCAUGGCAGCAGUCAAAUCCAGCUAAACACUCAGCACCCUGAAGAAAUGCGAUGCUCUUUUUAAUCAGAGUGACUUCUGAAAGUGUUUUUGACUAAUGUUUCUCUGAUGGCCUGCUUCACUCACAUACUACUAUACCAGACUUCAGAGUGAUAAACAUGAGCUGGAAGGAGUUAUACUGAAGCCUCAGGUUCAGGUCCCUUUCAUCUGCCUGUAAAGUCUGGAGGAAGAUUCCUGCCAAGUUAACAUUCACUUUAGAUGUUGCAUUCAAGUCACAGACUGUAGUUUAAAACAGUCUCCAAUUAGUUUCUUUUAAAAAAACCCCACAGGAAAACAAUCCAAAAAAGGUUUUGAAGUGAGCAUGCUUUCAAACAAUGCAGAGCUUGUAUUUUUAAACCAUGAUCUUCAGUUCGUACAUAAAGACAAGCCAGUGAAAUUUGCAAGACUUGAUCGGUGUUAUCUCUCUGACCAUAUGGGAGGAAAAGAAUGUGCACUCAAGGUGAAGCUGGUUUAUGGACCAAGUGGAAAAUCUACAUUAUGUCAUAUCAUGUGUACAAGGCCAAAGAAAUGCUGGUGGACUGAAUCAUUAUGUUUUAUACAUAGUAAAUAUAACUUUAAAUGGGUGGCAUGUUUAUGUAGCAGUGGAUGGGGAGAGGCAAGGUGCAUUUGCACUGUAACAAUAAUGUAGUUUGACACCACUUGAACUGCCAUGGGUCCAUCCUACAGAAUCUUGGGAUUUGUAAUUUGGUGAGGCACUAGCACUCUUUGACAGAGAAGGUUAAAGACCUUGUAAUACUACAAAUCCCAGAAAUCCAUAGGGUGGAGCUGUAGCACUUGAAGUGGUGUCAAACUGAAUUAUUUCUACAGUGUAGAUGCACCUGCAGCGAUUUUUGUGCUUCAGGAAAAAACUGUGUGGUGAUCACAAAGGAAGCAACACAUAUGUUAAAAAAAUUAUUUACGGCCGACUUAUAUUUAUGAGUUAUAUACAGAGGACAAUCACGCUUGUAUGUUUAUAGAUGGAACAUAUAUGAUAUAACCAAAAUAUAAAUGAUAUUUUCACUCUAUUGUUCUAGCACAGUCUCAGUGAAU